AUGUCUGGUUUAAUGGUUUCUGCCGGUGAUUUUGGUUAUAUACCAUCGGUGGUUUUUGUUAGCUAUUUUGGUAGCAAGGGAAAUCGAGCUAGAUGGAUUGGUGCUGGUAGUUUAAUGAUUGCAUUUGCUAAUAUUCUCAUUAGCAUGUCUAAUUUUCUUUUUCCAAUGCAAAAUAUUCAACUUAAUUCAAAAUUUAUUGAAUCAAAAUUAAUAUCUGAACAAAGUAAUCGAAUUGAUGAGAUACAAGCAAGCACAUUUUUAAAUCAUGCAAAAACUUUUUCAAAUGUUGAAUUAAUUCCGUUAGAUGAAGCCUUGAAAACGUAUGCGUUAAAUACUACGUUACGUCAAUUUGCUAAUGAAAAACUUUCAUUAUGUUUUCAUCAAAAUAAUUCCAAUCAAUUAUGUGCUAUAUUUUUUAAUUUCUUGGAGCAAUUAAAUCAACCUAAUAUGACGGAAAUUUCGAAUCUACGCAUUUUGACUGCUUCACCAUUUUCAUUUUGCAAUACAAUGUUCAAUGCACUUAGACGAGAAAUUAAUAAAUUUAAUUGUUCAAAUGGAUUAUCAAAUAUUGGACCAUUUAUUAUGAUAUUUGCUGGCUUACUUAUCCUUGGCGUUGGCCGAACAAUGCCUUAUUCACUUGGCCUUCCAUUAAUUGAUGAUAACGUGAAACGACAAAACUUGCCACUUUAUUUUGCUGGGAUGUUUUUCAUUCGUAUUCUUGGCCCAUUUCUUGGCUUUUUAAUUGGUAGUAUUGUUAAUAAUUACUAUUACAGUUUUAAUGUGCCAGCUGGGCUAACAUCGCGUGAUCCAUCAUGGAUUGGUCGUUGGUGGGCUGGUUUUCUUGGUAUUGGUAUUACGAUGCUUUUUCCAUCGUUAGCUUUGUACCUCUAUCCAACCUGUGUCAAUUAUAAAUCUAAUAAUUUCAAUGACAAAUGCUACAAUGACGCAAAGAAUAAUUUGGACAAUAAUCGACCAACAGAAAUUCACUCAUUAGUCAAUGAAAGACUUACCGUAGAAGAAAAGACGCGCGAUAAAGGUUUGGCCCUAAUUGACCGAUAUGCUACAAGAAAUGAAGAAGGUAAUACCAUUGUGCCAACAUCUGCAAAAGCAAAAUUAAUUGCAAUACAAUUUGGUUUGCCACAACAUAAAAUUAAUCUUUUUUUAGGAUUAGCAAGUUUACCAGGAUUAGCAAUUGGUUUGUUUAUUGGUGGUUUAAUUAUGCGAAAAUUUAAAUUACAAGGUAGAAAAGCAGCAGUAUAUAUUCUUGUUUGUUCAUUAAUUGCUGCUAUGUUUUCACUUCAAAAUGCAAUGAUUGGUUGUAAAUCAGUGCUUAGUUUAAUUGGUAAUAAAGCUAGAUUAAUUAAUCAUAAUUUUACGACAACAUGUAAUAAUGAUUGUAAUUGCAUUGAUAUGCCAUUGUAUCCAGUUUGUAAUCAACAAGGUGAAGCAUUUUACUCACCUUGUCACGCUGGUUGUCACCUAGAUCAAAGUUUUGCUCAUCCAUCAGUUCAUAAAAUUUUCAAAAAUUGUAGCUGUUCGAAUAGCGUAAACAAUGACGUGUCACGUGAUUUUUGUGAUCAAAGAAUUUGUGAGCAAAAAUUUAUUUGGUAUUUUAUAAAUUUAGCAUUUUCGGGUAUCUUUGGUGGAAUGAGUAUUAUUCCAUCAGUGCUAAUUGUUCUUAGAUCAGUGCCACCGGUGGAUCGAAGUAUUUCUCUUGGCUUUCAAGGAUUUUUAGUCAGCUUAAUUGCAACACUACCAUCAUCAAUUUUCUGGGGUUGGAUUGUUGACAAGACUUGCAUCAUGUGGAAUAGCAUUUGUGGAGAACAAUUUCGAGGUGCUUGUGAAUUAUAUGACAGUAAUAAAUUACGCCUGAUGACUCAUUUAACUUAUGGCUUAAUGAGAUUGAUAUCAUCAAUACCAGAUAUUGCUGUAUGUUAUUAUGCAAAAAAUCUUUUACUAAUCGAUCAUGGAUUAAAUGAAGUCAUUUAA